UCUGUGUGGGCUCACUGGGGAGUUAGUUUAUGCGCUGUUUCCUACUGAACUCUGGCAGUGUCAGUAGCGUUCAAGUUUGUCUGUCUCGGGCUGUGUCCGUGUGAGAGUGCAGGCUCAGGACGUGGUGCUCCCAUUCCGCUCAUUCUCAGCCCACACGCUGCCACAACAAUGCUGCGAGACUACACAGCACAGCCUCUGCUCACUGAUUUCUACCAGUUCACGAUGGCCUACGGGUACUGGAAAUGUGGGAGAGAGCAGAGCAACGCUGUCUUUGAGUUGUACUUCAGAGAAAACCCCCGGGGGAGUGAGUUCACCAUCUUCGCUGGCCUCCAGGACUGUCUGCUGUUCCUCUCCAAUUACAAGCUGAAGGAGGAAGACAUCGAUUUUCUGCAGACUGUGCUGCCCCCGACAACAGACCCUGCUUUUUACGAUUACCUGCGGAAUAUUGACACCUCAACAGUUACACUGCGGGCUGUUCCAGAGGGAUCAGUUGUCUUUCCUAAGGUUGCACUGUUGGAAGUUGAGGGGCCCCUGGCUAUUCUUCAGUUACUGGAAACCCCACUGCUCACUUUGGUGAACUAUGCCAGCCUCGUGGCCACCAAUGCAGCCAUGUUCAGGCUCGCUGCUGGACCAGGAAAGCGGCUGCUGGAGCUCGGCUUGAGAAGAGCACAGGGCCCGGAUGGAGGCCUCUCAGCCUCGCGGUACUCCUACAUUGGAGGGUUUGACGGCACUAGUAAUGUCAUCGCUGGGAAACUGUACACCAUUCCAUUGUUUGGAUCCAUGGCGCAUUCUUACAUCACUUCCUUCACUUCAAUGUCAGAGGUCAAGGUUCAGACUCUGAGACCUGCAUCUGGAGAGCCAGAGGUGAAUUUUGUCUCUCUGUGUGAAAAAUGGCUCUUUCAGGUCUGCAUCCAUCUCCAAAUGCCUCAGAAUCGAACCAAUUCCUCUGAAUUUGCGGCCUUCAUCUCCUAUGCCACCAGUUACCCGAGACACUUCAUCGCCCUGGUCGACUCAUACAGUGUGAUGAGCAGCGGAGUGCCCAACUUCUGUGCCGUCUCCCUGGCCCUCGACGAGUUGGGAUACAGAGCGAGGGGUGUGCGGCUGGACAGUGGGGACCAACUGGAGCAGUCCCUCAGGAUCCGCAGCUCCCUCCAGGCCUGUGCUGACCAGUUCGCGGUCUCCUGGCUCGCUGCUGUCCCCAUCAUCAUCAGCAAUGGCAUCACUCUGAACAGACUCAUCGACCUCCAGCACCAGGAUAAUGAAGUGGACUGUAUUGGUGUGGGCACGAACCUGGUCACAUGCCCCUUACAGCCCUCGCUGGGCUGUGUCUAUAAGCUGAGCCAGGUUGAUGGAGAACCUCGGAUCAAAGUGACGGAAGAGGAAGGGAAAAUGACUCUCCCGGGGAAGAAAGCCAUUUACAGACUGUACGGCACUGACGGAAGCCCCUUCCUUGAUCUCCUGACUCUGGCGGAGGAGCCAGAGCUGAGGGCCGAUGAGGAGAUCAAGUGUUACGCUCUGACCGGGCGAUGCGCUGGUUUCUGGGUGACGGCUGCGCGGGUGGAGACCCUCCACCGGGUUUACUACCAACAUGGCCAGAUUUGUGAAAGCCUCUGUACAACAUCAGAGAUCAGGAGGCGUGCACAGAGCUCCUUAAACAACCUGGCUCCAAAAUACAAGCAUCUUCACCAUCCUGCUCCCUACCAGGUUGCUAUGUCACAGAAGCUGCGUGACCUCCUGGAUGACCUCAUCAAGAAGAGUAGACCCAGUGCUUAGUGUCCCAAAUGAGCCAAUCACAUCGCUGCUCUCUGUCGGUGUCAACAGCCAAUUAGAAAAGACAGGAGACAAUUGGAAGGAUGGAACUGAAAAUCGAGUUAAUGCUGAAGGUGAUCAUCAGGAUAAACACAAGAAAUCCAAAUCUCAAGUGGCAUUAUCAAUUGCAAUGGGGAGAGCGAGGAUUCCCGAACUCACAAUGUACAUCCCAACAAUUGGCUAAUUGAAUCAAAUUCCUAACUGGCAGAGAAUAGACUGUACUCAAUCAGCCCAUACUUGCAAAUCCCAAAACCAAAUGUGAUUGAGUAGCAUUUACUGAACAAUCCGAACUGUGUCAAUAAUGUCACUGAUGACUGUCUGAGGUAGUCAGGGGUGAAAUGGUUAUUCUCCUGUAGCAGUGAGUAAUUCCCAGGUGAACCCUAAAGGCGGGUUUCAGCAGGAAUCUGUAGAUGAAUGUCUUACAAAACAGAGUCAGUAUUAACAAAACAAAUCCCAGAGACUUCGGAGUCAGAAUGGAUGUAGAGAUAGGGAAUUGCCAGACACCGAUAAAGAAUGGGGCAAAAUAGUACCAAGCUAAAAUAAGAUUAAUUAAACCUUGAGAAUUCAUUAACAAGUUUAACCCAAUGCUCAGAAAUUUGUUUCUUAUAUUUGUAGGAAAUGAGAUUGGAAUUUGAAUAAUGAGAUGCUUCUGUGACUGAAAAUGAUGCAAAGAUACUGCAUAUUUCUCUACUCCUCUGUUUUCAUUCUAACUGUCUGGAGUUGUCUCUGUCCCUGUGUACAUUUGAAUAAAUGAUCCAAA